GUGUGGAGAUAUUCUCAUUUAAAGGCUUUCACUUGAGGAUUCUCCCUCCUCCCUUUCCCCUUCGAGCUUGUGGGCCUUCCUCUGCCUUCCUGCACCACGGCUAAGCGUGCGCCACCUGGUCCUGCGUCUCUCCCCUGCUUCUUUUUUUCUCUGUCGUCUUUGACUUGUUAGUUUUAUGGGGAAAGUUUCGAGUGCGCGAGGGAAGGGCGUCGCGAGUGGCCCACCGCAGCUAUACGAGGAGACGAUCAGCGGCCCCCCUCUCGUGGUCGAUGUCGGCAACCCUACGGUCUGGGCAAACACCACCGUCGCCGCAGCCACUGCAGCAACAGAGGAGUCGGUGCGGCGCAACAGCGCGGCAGGAGCAGCCGUGACGGCGCGCUGGGGACACGCGGCGGAGCUCUCGCCGAAUGAAAGCGUGCUGUGCAUCGUCGGAGGACGCCCGUGCGAUUGCGCUGCUGCUGCUGCGGCGGCGGCGGAGGCGACGACGGCGUUCGAUUUGCUGGCGUGGACCUCCGCCCACCUCGGUCGCAACACCAAAGCCUCUCACGUCUGGCAGUCUAUCCCGUGUCAGCCCGUCUCGGCGGGCACAGAAGCGACACGCGACAGCACUAAACAGCGCACCUCCACCGCAGACGAACGGCAGUCGGUGGUGCAGUGGCCGCACUACGCGCCGUGGGGGGUGACGUGGGAGACGAAGGCGCUCGAGGCGGAGCGGCCGGUCGGCGCGUGGGUGGACGGCGGGUGGAGUCGCGGGCGUCGUCUUGCGGACACGCGGUGCUUCUCGCCCAUCGGCCGCGAUGUGGACGCGCCCGUUCGUCCGCCCACGUCUCUGCCCAGCGCGACGCGCAGCCACCACAGCGUCACCGCGGUGCAUGGGGUUCGCUUUCGCUUUGGGGGCGAGGCGCAGGCAGGCACCGUUGCUGCGUUAGGCACCAUCGUCGACAACGCGACGGCGGACGAUGGCGGUUCGGCAACGGCAGGGACACCAGCGGAGCAAGCUUCUUCCCUUCCCCGCCAAGGCUCCCCGACCUAUCCUUCAGUACCGCCUCCACCUCCACCUCCACCACAGCAGCAACAACAGCAGCAGCAACAGCAGGUGCCGCCUCCACGAGCAGCUCAUGGCGCCUGCUGCCUGUGCGACCGCUACCUCUUCGUCUUCGGUGGUCGCGCCGUUCAUUGGCAGGGCGACGGCGCCGAUGCCAGCCGCUCCCCGACGCCCGCUGGCAGGGGAAGAGGAGCCGCGGGUGGCAACAGCCCGGGAAAGGCAUCGACGGUCGGCAAGGCGGCCUCACGAACCACCUCCGUCAACAAACGCGGGUCGCCGGCGAGCAAAGGCGGCGACGGUGGCAACAACACAAACGGCGCUGACGCCGUUGCCACUGCGGUGCUGACGGUGCACAGAGAUGUCGCGGUGUACGACACGCGACUGAGCGCGUGGCUGCCGGUGCACAUCACAGGCGGGCCCGGGCCCUGUGCCCGCUACGCCGCCGCCGUCGCCGCCGUUCCCACCCCUGCCCCGUCGACCGCCGGCGCGUUGGUGCAUCACCGCGAGGUCUUUGUCCUCGGCGGCCUCGACGCGGAGGGUGCGGUGUGCGCCGAUGCGUGGCUGCUGCAAAUCCUCAGCGGGGCGGACGGGGAACUGGCGGAGGCGCCGGCACCGGCACCGGCCGCUAAAAACGGCCCUGCCGCCGUGACGGCGCGUGGGCCGCCGGUGGUCCGGGCGCGGUGGGUGCGGAUGAACGCACCGUGCGAGUGCGCCUCCGCCGCGGCGUCCAGCGCGGGCGGCAGCCCCCCCGCCUCUCUCGACCUGUCGUUGCCCUCCGCUGCUGUCGUCGUCGCGGCGGCGGCGGCGGCGGUCCCGUCGGCGUUUGCGCGUCACCACGCCGCGGCCGUCGUGUCGAGUCAGCGCGUUGCCUACGUGGUGGGCGGGUGUGGGCCGGCGGCAGCCACCGCGGCAGCGCAGCCCCACGCGUGCACGCUUGCACUGCCGUAUCUGACGCCGACCACCGUGCAUGUCGAGGAGUCCGCAAACACGGAGGCCGUUGCGGCGGACGGUGCGGGCGGAUCGGCGCUGGGCGGGGGUGGUGCCUCCUCCUCGGCGCCCUCCUCCGCAAAGAAAUGA